CCCGCCCCUGCCCCGCAUUGGCUGCGGGCGGCUGACGGGCAGCCUGGGAGGCCCCUGCCAACCGGCGCGGCAGGGCAUGCCUGCACUGGGGUCCGGCUGCACGGAGCUGAGGGGUGUUGAACCGGGCAGCGCCGCGCCAGUACCGCUAUGGGGGUGGAGAUCGAGACCAUCUCUCCGGGAGACGGACGGACCUUUCCAAAGAAGGGUCAGACGUGUGUUGUGCACUACACAGGAAUGCUACAGAAUGGAAAGAAGUUUGACUCCUCCAGAGACAGAAACAAGCCUUUCAGGUUCAAGAUUGGCAGGCAAGAAGUCAUUAAAGGAUUUGAAGAAGGUGUGACACAGAUGAGCUUAGGACAAAGAGCAAAGUUGACCUGCACACCUGAGAUGGCCUAUGGAGCCACAGGCCACCCUGGGGUCAUCCCUCCCAAUGCCACGCUCCUCUUCGAUGUGGAGCUACUCAGGUUGGAGUGAAACUUCUCAAGGGAGUUGGCUGGAUACAUCUGUUAAUACCCAUCCAUCCUUUCUCACCUUGCCAGCAGCGGGAGAAACCUUCACUGGAAUCCCAAUCUUCCCUGCUCAAGCUGUCCUGUCACUAGCGCCUGCUGUUCGGUUUCUUACGCCUUCCUUCUC